AUGGCGACCAUAUUUGAAGCUUUAAAAAGUUGUGAAUAUUUGGAGUCAGUUUUGAGAGAUUCCUUUGGACCUUGCGGUCUUGAUGUUAUGCUGAAUUCAUCAUCUGGGAGUAUUCUAAUCACAAAUAGUGGCGGCGUUGUUCUUAACUCGCUAAAUAUUGAAAAUCCUUUGGGGAGAGUGAUUGUUGACAAGAUGAAGUCACACAGUUUUGUAACAGGAGAUGGCGUUACUUCGUUUAUUAUUGUCGUGAUACAAGCAUUGAAGGAGAUUAUUGGACUUCUAGAGAUGAAAGAGGGUAUUGGGGAGCUAGAAUUAAAACCACAGUCCUGGCAGACAAUUAUUUCGUUGUCAAAAGCUUUUUACAAGAUUGCCAAUGAUGUUGCCCCUGACAACAUAUCACCAGUGUUAAAUAAGGUUGCCAUACACACUAAUUUGGAGCCCCAAAACAAGGAUGAAAUCAAGCAAAAGUUAACGCAAUUAAUAAAAACUACCUUAAAUGGGAAGUUUUCUGUUCUUUGUCAAGAUCUGUUCACAUCACUCCUAAUAGAUUUUAUAUCAAAUACAUGCAAACUUGGACAUGAACUUUACCAAGGUAUCAUACAGGCAUUAGAUGACUUCUCUCACUUUUGUACUGAGUUUCACGGUACUCCUGUGCAGAACUCAUGCGUGAUUCAAGGAUUUGCAAUCCCAAGACAGUUUGCUACAAAUGAUAAGCAAGUCCUCCCUAAAUCUGGAAAAAACGUUUUCACAUUUCUGAUCAUUCAUUGUUCAUUGGAUGAUGUUAAACUUACUGCAGAUGUCGUAACUUUUAACAUAAAGAAUGAAACCAUGCUUGGUAAAGCUCUCAGCCAUAAGAGAAACAUUGUGUUUUCCAUAUUACAGUCACUCAAAGAGCAAGACAUACAGCUUAUUAUUUCAUCAGAAGGAGUUUCAGACAUGGUCUUGCAGUUGUGUCAGCAAUUUAACAUAGCUGUCAUUCAAAUGGUCCCCAUGGAGACAGUAAGCCAUCUGUGCAAGUAUGGAAACGUGCAACCACUGUGCCAUCAUGAUCUUUUUGAACUAAAAAACCUGUCCGAUAUUUUUUUAGGAAAAGGCAAGUUUUGUAAAGAAAAAGCUCUUGGGGUGCACAAGUUUGUUCACUUGGAGAUUGAUAAGCAAGUUGACAGUAAUCAUAUUGUUCCAUAUCUAAUCUUACUCUGUGCACCAACUCAAGGACUUUGCCAGCAAUACUACAUUGCACUCCAUAAUGCAUUAAAAAGUAUUAAAAUGUCAUUUUCGGAUAACAGGCUGCAUCUAAUUAUGCUUCCGGGUUGUGGAUCAGUAGAAUUUCUUCUUGCUAAUGAGUUUGGAAAAUAUGCUAAAGCUACAAAAGACAAGAACCUUUCAUUAGCAUAUUCAGUUUUAAGCAAGUCUCUGCUUCAGGUUCCUCAUACUUUGCAUAAAAAUUCCCAUUCUUGUACUUCUAGAGACAAAAACUUUUUAAGAGUACAGCAAGAAGUCAAAUUUUCAUUUAGAGUCGAUGGAAGUGUAUUAGGUGUGAAUGGAACAACAGGGUGUGUUAUUGACCCUUACAGGAAGGGUAUCUUUGAACCUUUGAAUGGGAAAAUGCUUUGGAUCAGUCACAUUUUGCAGUGUUUAUCAAUGAUUCUAAGAGUAGAAAGAAUUAUUAGUGUAAAAUCUAUUGUUAGAGAUGAUGAGAAAGAAUCUAGUGAUUCUGAGGAGUGAAGAACCUAUUACAUGAUUGUAAAUCAAGUAGUAAACAAGAAGUAAAUAAAACUAAUGACUACAGGCAA